UCGGUAGAAUCGCCGCGGUCAGUCAGUGCCGUUUCGUCAGUGCGAGUAAUAACAUAAUAGAUCACAGAGAGAGUGGUCACCCCGUCUCAAAGCAUCGAUUCGUGCGUGCGGUUUAUCGUCGUUGAGCAUCUCGUUCACGAGUUUGUUAGACAGCUUUGUUGUUUUAGGUGAAUGGCGCUUCGGUGAAAGUGGAUGCUUAUUCUUGGUUCAAAAAUUUCUAAUCAGCGUAAUUCGUUCGGGAUUUCGCAGAACAGCGGCGCACGUGCUGUUUGAAGGGAUCAAAAGUUCAAUUGGAUUGGAAGCGUUGAUUAGGUUGAUGCCCUAUCGGCGUCCACACGGUGCAUAAAACAGACAAACAGAGAAGCUUUCAGAGAAUGCCAGCGAAUAUCAUCAUGAAGAUCCUAAUUACAUCAAUUUUGAUCUUAAAUCUUGCGAUACAUGUCGUACCCCAGCACCUCAUUUCUUCGGGUACAUCAGCAGUAGAGAGCAAACCAGCCAGUGCAAGACCAACAUACGAAGACUACAAACGACAGCGAGAAAACUUUCUGCAAGCAGAAGAGUAUCAUUUUCUUGGAGCAAAUGUGACCUUGAAUGAAAAUGAACAACUUGUAAAUAAAUUUCUCAUGCGACUGAAGCUGGAGGAGAUGGUGAAGGGUUUUAACGACAGCUAUAAUUUUAUACCGGCAAGACAUAUUUUCGAAGUGCUUGACCGUUUCGGACAGUCUAAGGUGUUCAAAGUUAUCCAGAGGUUGCCCAAAGGUGGUGUUUUACAUGCGCACGAUAUGGCUUUGGGCAGCACUGAUUUGAUUGUGAAUGCAACCUAUCGGGAGAACUUGUGGCAGAAAGGAAACUUCGGGGUGUCACAUGGGCCACAAUUUAAGUUUUCCAAGGAGAAACCUGGAAAGGAAUGGUCAUUGGUAUCUGAAAUACGCCAGUGGAUGACCGAUAAGGUGUAUGACGCAAAAGUUGGUGAGAUAUUCAGUCUCUACAAUGCAGAUCCAUUAAAUGCCUAUAAAAGCUUGGAUGACGUGUGGAGCAAAUUCCAAAACUUGUUCGGGAGCUUAGCACCGCUGAUCACAUUUGCCCCAGUGUGGAGACAGUAUUAUCACGAUUCGUUGAAACAAUUUUACGACGACCAUGUGCAGUAUUUGGAAUUCAGGGGAGUUCUGCCUGACGUUUAUGACUUAGAUGGAAAGAUAUACAGUGCAGAAGAGAUUGUUCAAAUGUACUACGAAGAGACAGAGGAAUUCAAAUCGAGUCAUCCGGAAUUCAUUGGCGCCAAGUUCAUUUAUGCUCCUGGUCGGUUCGCAACUGAUGACGAGUUUCUGAAGAUUAUCGAUACUGCCAAAAGGUUGCACAAAAAGUUCCCAACUUUUUUGGCAGGGUUCGAUUUAGUUGGUCAAGAAGAUCCGGGAAGGUCCCUUCUCGAAUUCGCUCCAGCACUACUCAAGCUUCCUGCCUCAAUUAACUUUUUCUUCCACGCCGGUGAAACCAAUUGGUACGGUAUGAAAACCGAUCAGAAUUUGAUCGAUGCUGUCUUGUUGGGCUCGAAGCGAAUUGGUCACGGUUUUGCUGUCUUGAAACAUCCCAAGGUGCUCAAGGAAAUAAAACGCCGACAGAUUUGCAUCGAAAUCAAUCCCAUUUCAAAUCAGGUACUGAAGCUGGUCCAGGAUCAACGAAAUCAUCCGGCGGCGUUGCUGUUCUCGGACAAUUACCCAGUGGUGGUUUCUUCGGAUGAUCCAUCUUUUUGGCGGUCAACUCCGCUGAGUCACGAUUUCUACGUAGCGUUUACGGGAAUAGCGUCGGCUAAACAGGAUUUGCGUUUGCUGAAACAACUGGCGCUGAACUCAAUCGAGUAUAGUGCCAUGAACUCGGAGGAGAAAACUUCGGCCAAGGAGAAGUGGAGCCAGGCGUGGCACGAUCAAAUUAGUGCCCUGGCGACGGAUAUCGUGGCUGGAAGUGUUUAAUUAAUCGAAUGAUUGAUGUAGCUGGGUAUGAAGUUGAAUAAAACUGUUGUAUGUCAUUAAAUGGUACAUAAUAUAAGCCGUACUUUUCCACGGUAAAACAAGCGUUGAUUUCAAUACAACGUUUGAUACAGUAAAA